AUGAACCCCUCCUCUCAGGUGUUUGACUGGAGUUACUUCACCAGGAAGAUCAUGGGGACGGUCGGCAUCACUGUGCCUGACACAGAGAAUGUUAUUAACUACGCACCUAACUACUUCAGACGGCUCAACCCUAUCCUAGCCAAGAACACUAAGAGAGUCCUGCAGAACUACAUGGUGUGGCGUUUUGUCAUGAACAUGGUGGUGGGUUUGAGCAGACAGUACAGGGACACCAGGAAAGCCUUCCGCAAGGCGCUGUACGGUGCCACGUCGGAGGCGGCGGUGUGGCGGCAGUGUGUCAUCUACGUCAACAACAAUAUGGACAACGCUGUCGGAAGACUGUACGUAGAGGAGUCCUUCUCUGGGGAGAGCAAAGAACUGAUGGAAGAGAUGAUCUCUGUGAUACGGGAGGUAUUCAUCAGUAACUUAGACCACCUAAGAUGGAUGGAUGUAGAGACCAAGAAGGCUGCUGAGGAGAAGGCACAAGCUAUCCGUGAGCGGAUUGGCUACUCCGACAACAUCAAGAAUGACACCUACCUGAACAACGAGUAUAGAAAUGUGAGUGUUGAAAGAUGGGUAACAGGAGCAGCCGUAGUCAACGCCUUCUACUCCUCAAGCAAGAACCAAAUAGUGUUCCCAGCUGGGAUCCUCCAGCCUCCGUUCUUCAGUAAGGGCCAGACCAAGUCUCUGAACUUUGGCGGUAUCGGCAUGGUGAUCGGACAUGAGAUCACACACGGGUUUGAUGACAACGCUCAAUGGGACAUGCACUCUGGGCGAGAACAUCGACAGCAAUGGAGCAUGGUGAACCAGAACUUCCCAGAGUUUGCCAAGGCCUUCAACUGUCCCAAGAACAGCUACAUGGUGCCUGACAAGACUUGUCAAGUCUGGUGA